UCAUGGCUAUGCAGACGAAAAAAGUAAACUUCAAAGCUUUAAACACUUCUUGACAAAAAUGUCGACAAGAUUGUAUCCAGCUUUCAAAAAUGGGAAUUCCAAGCUCCGUGUUUUCUUACCUGACUUUUGGAUGAAACUUGUCAAACCAAGCCAUAAUUUGCUUCCUAACCAAGUUCAGUUUGUUGUUUCACCACAAAUGACCAAACUUGAUGUAAAACAAUACCUUGAGAAAAUUUACAAUGUUCCUGUUAUUCAUGUUAACACAUUCAACAAAAUGGGUAAAACAAAAACUGUUCCAAAUCAUUAUGUUACAAAGGAGCUAGAUGAAAAGAUUGCCUUUGUAACCCUGCAUAAGGACCAUAAAUUUGUUUUUCCGGAUAUGUUUGCGAAAGGUGAUGAGGAAUUAACUGAACAAUCAAAAAGCAUGAAAGCAUCAAAGGAGCAGUUUGCCCUGAAAACAAAGCUAAACAUAUCAAAACAAGGUGUGCCCACAUGGUUUAGUCAUUAAUGGAUAUGUGCAUUAUUAGAAUACAAGUUUAACAUAUA